CAUUGAACGUGGGAUUGACGCCGUGCGCUGUCAGGCUCCAGUCAAAAUGCACCUUUACUUCCUGAUUGUAACCAUCGCCCAUUGCUGUACAGAGGAGCAGCAUGUCCUCCGGGGAGUGGAAGAAGAAGUGCGAGGAUGAGUGGGGUCUGCAGGGCGCGCCGAUGCCUGACAGCGUGGACUGGAGAUCUGUUUAUGAAGCCAAACCGUUCAACAGAAACUUGUUGAAGAAUUCAUCUCCUUAUGGGGUAACAAAGGAUGGUCCACCACCUGAACCUGAUUUGCCUGAAGAACCUGACAGGGGGCCUCCACGCUUUAUACCGGACGGUGACUUCAGUGGCUGGACCACCAGCUCAGAGGUCCUUCCUUAUGAUACAAGUGGCAUCCCAGCAGGAGCAGUGAUCUGUGCCCUGCCUCAGGCCAGCUGGUUUACAAUGGAGCAGAUGGUGGACUUGAAGGCUGAAGGAUUGUGGGAGGAACUACUUGAUCAAUUUCAACCUGAAAUUGUGAUCCAAGACUGGUAUGAGGAGAGCCAGUUGCAUGAGUUCAUCUACCAGCUCCAUGUGAAGUUACUGGGAGCUGACAAAUCUACAGUGAUCGCAGAGCACACGGUGAACCCCACGGAGGACCGCAGCGUUUACUCUCACAACUGGAAGGAGGUGUCCCACGUGUUCUCUGGCUAUGGUCCUGGUGUCAGAUAUGUCCACUUCCUGCACCGUCUGAAGAACCAGUUUCUCAAUGGAUUUUGGAACACAAUGUUCACAGGGAGCUCAGUGAUGAUCAACCCAAAUAAAUGAGCCACUGCUGCCACAGAUGGUUUAAUUUGAUCAGUAUGCUGCACUUUGUCAAGCCAAAAUGUGUUUGAAUGCAAAGUCGUGGUUAAUAAAAGAGAAACAAGUU